AUGCUGGAACCAGACGACGACGACAACUCCCUCCCCAACAGCUGGGAGCGCAUCCCCUCACCCUCCAUCUCCACACUCUCAUCUUUCAUCCCAGAAGACUACUCUUUUCCUCCUUACGGCAGUCAAAACCCUCACGGUCAUACGCCGCGACCCUCUAACACCGCGGCCCCAGGAGUCGCCACACAGUCGUCGCACCCUACCUCACCGCAGCACUCGAAGCAGAGUUCUCAGGAUAAAGGGGAUGGCACUACUUCUCUCACCAAUCAAAUACCCGAGCAAUCUCAACAGCAGCCACAGGGUCAACUACAGAGAUCCCCCAUGCCCCCUCAACAACCAACUCCCAACCCUGCAGUCCAAACCCCCCCUCCCACAUCCUCCCCAAGUACCUCCAAUAGCCGCAAAAAUAAUGGCAGCAAGCCCGUGCAGGGAGCAUCAGCAACUGUGAUUGCAGGGUCAGCCACAACCCCUGCUAUCCACACCGGCCUAGGCCUAGGCACAGGCAUUGGCAUGCCUGGCCUGGGCUUGGGCAUCGGGGUUGGCAUCAAUGUGGCGGGUAUGACGCCCAUUUCUUUAGCAGGGCCGGUGGCUAUGCCUACUGUUAAGCCAGCAAAGAUGAAGAGCGUUGUACGGGGACACUCACAAAUUGGGACGCCUGUCAUCGGGGUUACUGAGGGGGAAGAGACAGAAGAAGAAGAGACGGUUAGACCAGGAAGUACCAGCUACCAGAGGAGGAGGGAGGUAAUGGGGCCGCCUAGUAGCCCAUCUCCCAUGCCUGGAGGGAACGUUCGCGGGGGGGCAGGGAUGGGUACGACGGUAGUUUUCUCGUCGGAGUCGUCAGGGGAGGAGACUGACGAUGAAGGGGCAGGCGAGGAAGCAGAGGACGAGGAAGUGUUACCGGAUCCGAACGAAGACCACUUAUCCGACCACCGGCACCCUGUUACUGAUACCGAGGAAGAGGGAGAGGUUAGAAGUACCCAAAUGGAACCGUCCCCCUCUAAGAGCCUGGCUAUGUCUUUGAUUGAACGUCUGAAAGAGGAGAAAGGAUGGCAGAUCGAUCUGAAUGAUGAUUAUAGCGCUAGAGGGCUUAAGGAGGCAGGAGAGUACUGGUAUGGCGCGGGGGAAGAUGAUGGUGGCACGGUGGGGACAUGUGCGGGGAGCUGGACGGGGAUUGGCACGAGGGAGGGGACUGUGGAUGAUGGUGCAGGGGUUGAGACGAGGGAGGGGAGUUGGGGGGAGGUUGAGUGGGAAGAGGGACGGGAACCUGAAUCUGAACCUGAGGGUGAGGGUGCUGGUGAGGGUGCCGGUACGGGGGUAGAAGGUGUAGAUGGAGUGGAAGAAGAAAAGGAGGAACAGGAGGAGGAGGAGGAGGAGGGAGGGGAGGGGACAGGAGGGACUAAGCUGUCGGUUGCGUCGUUCAGCAAACGAUCUGCCACCUCAUCAAGUAAAAGACCUCCUUCUCUUGCUCGCCAACAACCAUCCCCACUACCUCCUGCACACUUCCCCGCCUCAGAGCCCUCACCAGAAUUGAAACGAGACCUAGCUUCCGAACCCGAACAAUCACCCACUUUCAACCCCGAUGAAGAAGACGACGAUGAGGAGGAGAACAAAGAAAACAUCCCUUCGCACAAAGUCGAUUUUGAUCACAAUCACGACCCAAAACACGAGUAUGAGGAAGGAACAGGAGCGGCCGGUUACCCCCACGACAGCCGCGUUGAGCUAAUGGAACGGCUUUGCGCGCUAGUACAGCACCUUUCUACGUGCCGGCUAGGCACCGAUCCGCAGAUGGAGGCUGAGGUGCUGGAGGCGCUGCAUCUCAAAGUUGAUGAGAUGGAGGAGCUUGUGGCGAUGGCCGAGGAGGUUGCUGAAGUGGAGGAGAGUGUAUUGUUGGAGAAGGAGCGGGCAGCGAGAGGGGAGACCGUCGAGGAGGGGGAUAAUGAGGUGACGGUUUGGAGGGAUGAGGACGUGGAGGAGGGUAAUGGCCAGCAAGAGCAGCAGCAAGAAGAGGGGAAGCAGGAGGUGCUGCAGCAAAUGGAUGAGGAAAAACUCGGGAUAGUGGGCCAGCAAGCCUGGUCUUUCAAGCACGAGGAGAUGGAGGUGUCAUCAUCCCCUCCUCUACAGACACAGUCUCUUCAUCGACAGCCCUCGCCGAAGCCCGAAACCCGCUCAGCAUCGACCCAAACCGUGGUAGAUAUGGUCCCCCGCGAGGAACUCGAGGAAGCCAAGCGGGCUGCAGCCACUCACGCUGCCCUGGCCAAUCGCGUGGUUGCUGAGGCGCAGAGGCUGCAGAAGGAGGUUGAAAAGGCUGUAGAGGCGAUCAAGAAGAGGAAGGAGGAGUCUGAGCACCUCCAAGCAAUAAUUGCCUCACGCGCCAAAGCCGCUGCUGAACGGAUACUGGAUUUAGAGAAAGAAAUCGAUGAUCUAGAAGAAGACCUCCUCCUAAACGAAUCCGACCUCCGCCAUCUACGUCUUUCCCUCCGCGCAGUGGAGACCGUUGUCCGCACGGAACUGGAACGCCAUUUGACCUCCUCUUCCCCUUCUGUGUAUUCCCAACCCCCGUGUGUGGGUAUCGACCGCGAGCUGCUCCAAGCCAUAGACAACUGGAAACGUGAAUGGCGUGGUGUGAGAGAGAGGAUGCUCUCCCGACAAAGAGAGCGUCGCGAGAGAAGAAGGAAGUUGAUGAGGGAGGGGUGGGUUGGUGAUGAUGAGAGGGAAAGGGAUGAGAAGUUUGGGGAAGAGGACUGGGGGAGCUGGUGGGGGAGUGUGGGAGAGACGGCUUCUCUUCCGAGGAGGGGGAGGGAACACCAUGAAAGGGAACAUGUAAAGGAGAGGGACGUACCGGUUGAUUUUAGGCUGCAUAUGCCGAUGGAUAUGGGUAUGGGUAAGGGAGCGGGAGGUAAGAACUUCCUGCUGUCAACCGUGCCCUCUUCUUCGCCUACACCCAUGGGUCACGGCCAAGGUUAUGGGUCGUCAGGCGGGCCGCAGACUGUCCCUGAGCCCAGAAGAAAGAGGGAUAUUACUCCCGUUAGCAGCGUGUUAGGAGGGACUAAUGGUCCAAUGAUGCGAAGCCCUUUCUCGCGGGCAAGGACGAGAAUCCGGCCGGGAGGGGGUAAACGGAAUUAA